CCUGAGGUGCGGAGGACACUCUGCGUGGGUCCCCAGCCCGAGUGGACGCUGGUCCAGAGGGAGACUGAGGAACGAGGGAAUUCAGUUAAGAUGAUGGCAGCUUUUACUCCAAGGAAGAGGAAACAACAUGCUAUGAAUGCUGAUAAUGGUGAUAGCCUAUUAACAGAUAUUUCAUCAAGCAAAUUAAAUUUAAGAUUUACUGAAAAUCUCUUUCCAUCACCUAAUGAAAAACAUAUGUGUCAAAGUACUACUCAAAAGGUAGAAAAGCCUUACUCCCAGCAAUGCCAUUUCACUUCAAGCCCACUCAAAACAACUGAAAAUAGUAGGUUGCCAUUUGCAAAUCACAGCUCACUAUUUAAAUGCGUGUCUACUGUAUCUUUCUACAAUAAAGAUAAGUACUACCUCAAUCCAUUUGAGAGGAAGUUGGUAAGAGAGUGUAGAUCCAUUCAUCUAGUAACUAAAGAUGGAGAUAAACCUUUUCCCAGUGUGACAGAAAAAGUUCAGAAAAAACCAGUCUGUAUCAAGAGGAACAGAAGACCACAGAAGAGUUUAACUGCUAAAUAUCAACCAAACUCUAAGCACAUCAAGUCUAUAUCAAGAAACCCCAAAAAUGCCAAGCCAAAUCAAGUGAGCUAUAAGCCAGUCGUGGAUAAAGAGAACAGUUGUUUUCCAGCAGAAAAUCAUCCAAACACUCCUCGAGUUCUAAGCCAGAAAAUAAAGCCACAAGUUACACUCCAGGGUGGAGCAGCAUUUUUUGUUAAGAAAAGAAACUCUCUUAAAAAAUCAUCUCCGAAGGAUAAGGCGUUGUUACCAAUGCUCUUGCAGAAAAAUGAAGCAGAGGUGACUGAAGAUUCUGCUCCAGAGGCAAAGCAAGUACCAAAGUCCUUGUUAGUGGAAGAGAAAUCAGAUGUUGAACUACUGGAUGCAAGAAGUAAAAGUGAAGAGAAACUAAGAAAGAAUUCCUCAGGAGCCGUAGUUUCUUCAAAGGAACGUAAACUUGAUAAUUUUCCUUCAGAGAAUUCAUUUGGUGAGAACAAAACAAUUUCUUCCGAGUCUGUCUAUCCCAUCUUCAGUGCUUCUUCAGCGAAUACAAAACGGUCACUGCCUGAAGAACAGUCUUCUGUGGGAUCCACUGCAUUCUUGAAACAGACAAAUGUACAGAAAAAUAUUAAUUCCAGAGAUACAAGUAAAGGAGGAAAAGACCAGCUCAUCAUUGAUGCAGGUCAGAAGCGUUUUGGGGCGACCAUAUGUAAGUCCUGUGGCAUGAUCUACACUGCUUCCAACCCUGAAGAUGAGAUUCAUCAUCUCCAGCAUCACCACAGAUUUCUGGAGGGAAUUAAAUAUGUGGGCUGGAAAAGAGAACGUGUAGUAGCAGAGUUUUGGGAUGGGAAGAUCGUGUUGGUUCUGCCACAGGAUCCAAGUUAUGCCAUCAAAAAGGUAGAAGAUGUCCAAGAGCUUGUGGAUCUGGAAUUGGGCUUCCAGCAGGCUGUUCCCAUGUGCCCAAACAAAACCAAAACUUUCCUCUUCAUUGAUGAAAAGAGAGUAGUUGGAUGUUUAAUUGCAGAACCCAUCAAACAGGCCUUUCGUGUCCUGUCAGAACCAAGUACCACUAAAGAAUGUUCUAGAGCUUGGCAAUGUUCAGAUGUACCGGAACCUGCAGUCUGUGGAAUAAGUAGAAUCUGGGUCUUCAGACUGAAGAGAAGAAAGCGCAUUGCAAGGCGACUGGUCGACACUGUCAGGAAUUGCUUCAUGUUCGGCUGUUUUCUUAGCACUAAUGAAAUUGCAUUUUCUGACCCAACACCAGAUGGCAAAUUAUUUGCAACCAAGUACUGCAACACCCCUAAUUUCCUUGUAUAUAAUUUUCAUAGUUAAAGCCAAUUGCAACCAUAAAACUCGUACUAUGUGGAGAGGUUCAGCUAGAUAGAAACUAGUAUCAGAAUGAAAAUUAUAAGACUUGUACACAUGUACAUACCAGUUGUUUCUAAUAUAUUUGAGAGAUACAUUUUUGAGAACUAUUUGGGAUUCAAAGAAAAAAAGAUCUUUGGAUAUACUCUGAAUUCUUAAUUCUGAAAAACUCUACACCAAGGUGGCUUCUGCAGAAACUGGGCCACUUUAUA